UCCUGCUGGGGCUUCAGGCUCGGGCUCUUUCUCCUCUUCCUCCUCCUGGCUGGGAAGCGGCUGCUGCAGCGGCAGAGACAGCCGUGACGGCCGCACUCCCCGCAAGAGGCAGGCGGAGGCCCCAGGAGUGAGGACAGCUUCCAGGCUAAACAGCAAGACACGCCCAGGCCAUGGAGUCCAACCAGGAAUCCUCACUCUUCCUGGUGAAGAUCUUGGAGGAGCUGGACAUGAAGCAGAACACCGUUUCUUACCAGGACCUCUGCAAGUCCCUGUGUGCCAGGUUUGAUUUAUCCCAGUUGGCCAAGCUCAGGAGUGUGCUGUUUUACACCGCUUGCCUGGAUCCUAAUUUCCCAGCCACUCUGUUCAAAGACAAAAUGAGAUGCACUGUAAACAAUCAGCAAUCAAAGAAAAUCAUGGUGGCAGCUGAUAUAGUAACAAUAUUCAACCUCAUUCAAAUGAACGGGGGAGUGGCCAAGGAGAAGCUUCCAGUUGCAAGGCAGAAAGUGAAGAAGAAGGAGUCCUUUGAGUCCUGUAGGUCUGACACAGAGCUCUGCAACGCGGCAGACUGCCUGCCCAACUGCGAGCUGAGCGAGCAGGACUUCAGCAGGGGCUUUCCGGUCAGGAGGCCUUCAAAAUGCAGGAAGAUGGACUGCAAAGACUGCCAGCAGUUUGUGCCCUCCUCAGAGCCUAACUUUUUGCUGGGUGUGAACAAGGAGCUGAAGGGCCGAGCUGCCUCUCUGGACAGGCUGCAGGCGCUGGCGUCCUACUCCAUCGCCACGUCUCCGCCGUGCGAGAUGCAGAGCACCUACUUCCCCAUGAACAUUGAAAAUGAGUCCAUUUCAGACCAGGACUCCUUGCCCAUCAGUGCAGGCAUGAAAGAAACUUUCCUUUCGAGUGAGGAGCCCUUUGUGAUGCAGUCCUGUGUCCAGAAAAGGAAUAUAUUCAAAGAAGAUUUCCAUAAUCUGAUUACAAUAUCUCCCCACUUAAUACCAGCCAACAAAAAGCCGGAAGAUGGGCACAGAGAGCCUCAGAGCAGGAAAGAAAGCUCUAAGCAGGCUUUCUUCAACCACAGCUUUGAAAUGCCAUACAGCAGCCAGUACCUGAACCCAGUUUAUUCUCCCAUACCAGACAAAAGGCGAGCGAAGCAUGAAAGUUUAGAUGAUCUCCAAGCCUCCACGUAUUUUGGCCCCACUACCGUUCUUGGACCCCAGGACACCAAAAAGUGGCCCGGGAAGCCAACCAAGCAAACUGCCUGGCCAGCUAAGAGCUGGAGUUUAAACACAGAGGAGGUUCCUGACUUUGAACGGUCGUUUUUCAACAGGAAGCAGCCCGAAGAGCAGCCGCGAUACCAGGCCCCCGGCAACCCCGCUCCAAGCUUCCCCUCGGCCGACAGGCAUCAGCCCUACCUGAAUGCCAAGGAGCAGCAACCAAUCAUGCAGGCAGGCUACGCCGUGAAACCCAACGGGCACAAGGGCAAGGAAAUGCCUUCCAUUCUGGGCGUGGAGAAGCAGGAGCCCAUCAGGAAAUUCAAGGACAAAAGCAUUAACUGCACCUCCGUCCAGAUCCUGAGCGUGGACAGGACCACGAGCGUCGGGACGCAGACGGAGCAGCAGGGCCUGGAGCACAAGAAAUGCAAGGACCUGUGCGGAGCUGGCCAAGCCAAGUACGGGGAGAGGCACUCCCUGAAGCAGUCGGACGACGACUCUGAAAUCGUGAGCGAUGACAUCAGUGACAUCUUCCGCUUCCUGGACGACAUGAGCAUCAGCGGCUCCACGGGGGUGAUGCAGUCCUCCUGCUACAACAGCACCGGCUCCUUGUCCCAGGUGCACAAGUCCGACUGCGACAGCUCCCCCGAGCACAACCUGACCAAAAUCCCCAACGGGAGCGCCUGCAGCAAGCUGGAGAAGGCGCCGCGGGCGGAGCCGGGCGGGGCGGACGAUGAGCUGAAGACCAGCGUCUGCAAGCUGGUGCUGAGGAUUGGCGAGAUAGAGAAGAAACUGGAGUCGCUCAGCGGCGUGCGGGAAGAGAUCUCCCAAGUCCUGGGGAAACUGAGCAAGCUGGACCAAAAGAUCCAGCAGCCGGAGAAGGUCAGCGUGCAGAUAGACCUCAAUUCCUUGACGAGCGACGCUGCGUCCGACGAGAGUACCUCCCCUCAGCUAUUCCAGUGCCACAACGCUCCCCACGCCGGCAAGCUGGAGAACAACCCAGAGUGGUGCUGUUCAGAUGCCAGCGGAAGCAACAGCGAGAGCCUGCGGGUAAAAGCCUUAAAAAAAAGUUUGUUUACUAGGAGAUCCUCGAGGUCACUGACAGAGGAAAACAGUGCCACCGAGUCCAAAAUAGCCAGCAUCUCCAACUCCCCCCGAGACUGGAGAGCCAUCACUUACACCAACCAGGCGGGCAUCACGGAAGAGGAGAUGAAGGAAAGAGAUGGAGGAGAAAAUAAGGACUGGCACAGGAAAUCUAAAGAGGCAGACAGGCAGUACGAAAUCCCACAGCCACAUAGACUCUCUAAACAGCCAAAAGAUGCUUUCUUGAUUGAACAAGUCUUUAGUCCUCAUCCCUACCCUGCCUCGCUCAAGUCACACAUGAAGAGCAACCCACUCUACACAGACAUGAGGCUGACAGAGCUGGCUGAGGUGAAACGUGCCCAACCCUCGUGGACCAUAGAGGAAUACACAAGGAACUCGGGGGAUAAAGGCAAGAUUGCAGCCCUGGAUCUACAAACUCAAGAAUCUCUAAACCCCAACAACUUGGAGUACUGGAUGGAAGACAUCUACACUCCUGGCUACGAUUCCUUGCUAAAACGCAAAGAAGCCGAGUUCAGAAGAGCCAAGGUGUGCAAGAUUGCUGCCCUGAUAGCAGCAGCAGCCUGCACAGUCAUCCUGGUGAUCGUAGUGCCCAUCUGUACCAUGAAAUCCUGAGCCUGUGGGCAGAGCUGUGCCUCCCAGCUGCCUGCUUCUCGGAGAGCUCCUGCCGCAUUUUCAACGUCUGAUGGUGAAACUGUGAGGGAUUUGCCAAGGAAGAAUGUUCUGGAGAUGGAGAAGGCUGUAAAAACACAGACAAAACACAAAACAACCACAGAAACAUUCUCCCCCCUCCCCUCCUCCUUCCUUCCUUUCUUUUUCUAGGCUGUUGUUUUCAAUACCAGACUGUGUGGCAGAAUUAAGGGAACUCGGUUCCCUUUUUAGGCAUUUAAAAAAGUGCAAUAUUCCCCUCCCCCCUUUUUAUUCCUAAAGAAACUAUAUCAUGUUAUCAUGUUUUACAGGACCAGAGACUGCUGAGGAUCCAGGAAGAUGAUUGCCUGAGCUAUUUGCCCGAGGUGUGGGUGCCUGGAGCUAGCACUGCAUAGAAGGGGAAUGUUCUGUCUGCAUCCCAUGGGGGAGCUGGGGAAGUCCCCAAGCUCCUUGCAGUGUACAACAGCUCUGAAUGUAUUGUCUUUGUUUUCCAGUGUUGGUGUGUUCCAUGGCCAUUGGAUUGAAAGCAGACUGUGUAGCUGCGAGCAGUUCACCCCUGUGUGACUAAAAAGGGCUCUUUGCAUCUGGUCUUGCCCUAAGACCUGCUCUCUCAUCACCGAGCACUUGGCUAAGUGCAAUGUGCUGCAGACCAAAACCAGAUCCUCUUUCAGAGGCAAUCACCAGGGUUGAGUUGCUUCUGUCGAUUAACAUUAACAGCAUAGAGCUGGCAAACUUGCCUUGCCACAAGGAUAUCCUUUACCUCUGCAGGCAGUGAAACUGUCUCAGUUGCCCUCCUGCCAGGAAGCAAAGCUGGCAAAUCCCAGCAGUGCUCUGCUGAAGUUCUUGGAAACGUGACCUGAGCAGCUAUGGUUUGGUGUUGGUUUGUCUCUUUUUUCCCCUCCUUCUUUCCACGAAGUCCUUGUGCCUUUUUUUAGACUGUAGAUUAAACAGAACUGUUUCAUUUUGCUAUUUUAA